ACUGCGGUUGCAUGCAUGGUGCAUGACACUCGAAAGACAACCGUCGUGUCCGUCGGCCAUAUUUGUUCAAGCGUCGUCGUCGUCGUCGUCGUCAUCGGCACCCCUCCGCCACCGCUGUCGCCCAUACCGUUCCCCUGCCCCGCCUGCCUAUUAGCUCAGUUAUUGUGUGACGUGUGUGUCGGGAGUUCGGGAGGUCUGCCGCCGUGUCUGUGUAUCAUCGACGUUUUAUCAAACGGGAGAAAUAAAGAGAGAAAAAAAUAUACACAUACACCCGCCCAUUGCGCCAUACUGCCAUAGUCACCGCCGUUGCUGUAACAAUAUUGCGUCUUUACACAGUGCACACGAAAUCACACUUAUUGUGUUUYCGCAUCCCGACGACUCGUUUCCACGGCGCACAUCACUCACUUACGUCGCUCGUGACCGUUCUCGUCCCGUUUCGACUGAAAACGUACGUAUUAUUAUAACUACGCAAUCGACUACAAGGCAAUCAAAUAUAUUCAUUAACAUUCCGCAGCAGCUCGUUAUCACUCGACGUCGUUGUCGUAUCUACGCGAACGCCCCUUAGCCUCUGCCGCAAGCAAUCUUCGUCGCCAUUGUAGUCGUCAUCUCUGAAAAACUUACCAACAAAACUUGACAACAUGAGUCCGGAUUACGAUUACUUGUUCAAGCUGCUGCUGAUUGGCGAUUCAGGCGUUGGAAAAUCAUGCUUGCUCUUGCGGUUUGCCGACGAUACAUAUACCGAUUCGUACAUAAGCACCAUUGGCGUGGAUUUUAAAAUCCGCACCAUCAAACUGGACAAUAAGACUGUGAAGCUUCAAAUCUGGGAUACUGCAGGGCAAGAGCGUUUCCGUACAAUCACAUCAUCAUAUUAUCGUGGAGCACAUGGCAUCAUUGUCGUGUAUGAUUGCACAGAUAUGGAGACAUUCACUAAUCUGAAACAGUGGCUAGAGGAAAUAGCUAGGUAUGCAUGUGAUAAUGUCAACAAGUUACUGGUGGGUAACAAGUGCGACUUGCACGACAAGCGUGCUGUGGAUGAAGCAACAGCCAAAGAAUAUGCUGACCAUCUAAAAAUCCCGUUCUUGGAAACGUCUGCUAAACAAGCAACUAAUGUGGAAUUGGCAUUUUUAACUAUGGCUGCCGAGAUUAAGAACCGUAUUGGACCACUAGAUAGCCAAGGGCCAGGAGGGGCAGCUGAUGGGGUUGGAAAAGUAACAAUUGAUUCAAAAUCAUCCGACACAUCUGGUGGGUCAGGUGGUUGCUGUUAAUGAUACCAUGACAAUGUCAUCGUAAGCAUUGCAGAACGCUUGUGGACAACUUACUAUCGUUACUGAUGAUGAAGAACCGAGCUACAGACGGAGAUAGAUGAUAUAUAUAUGUAUAUAUAUAUAUUUACAACUACUAAUUAAAACAAAUUUCAAGUUGGGGAAAUACAUUUUUGAAUCCAAAAUACAUUUAAAAAAUAAUAAAAUAGAAGUGUGCCAUUGGCAUGCUCACCGCCAGUUCACCCCUGCCCACUACUGUCUUAAAUUAUUAUAUUUUUUCAACGCGUUUAUUUUGUGUACAUAUACAUAAUAUUAUAUAUUUUAUUAUUAUUAUUAUUAUUAUUAUUACCUUUAAUUAUUAAUUACGUCAUCAUAGCAGCAUCAGUCGUGGUUUGUUCUUUAUUAUUAUUAUUAUUAUUUUUAUUCCGUUUCUUUAUAUUAUUAUAAUAAUCGUCAAUGUUAUUCGCAUACAACCUCCUCCAAAAUACCAAAAACAUUCCUAUUAUCUCUGUGCUCAACCAGAUAAAAAAAAGCUUAAAAAUAAUUCGACAACAACCUAUUGUCAACUUGUCGAUGAAUCUCCUUAAUCCCUUACACAACACACUUAUAUGCUGUUAUUAUUCAAUUACAUAGAUUUGUAUGCGAACCCUCCCUCCGCACUUUUGCACAUUGUGUAAAUUUCAAUUUUCUAGAAUUUACUAAAGUCACUCUGCAAAACUAAAUUUUUUUUUUAAAUAUAAUAUACUACAUAUUAUCUGCCUGCCAGCAAACAGUUAAUUAAUAUAUA